CUUUUAUUUUGAAACUCUAUAUAACUUGGUUGUGCUGCUUGUUGUGUGCUUCUUAUCGAUGUGUAAAAUCCCUGCUUUUGGGUCAGGCUUCUGACAUGAGCACAGUAAAGUUAUUAAACGUGUGGAAAAGUCGAAACUUAAACAGAAGCUGUUUUGAUCGCUGUGGUUUGUGGAACACGCGAAUUAACGAUUAUGAAGCGACACGAGGUUUGGUAACGGAUUCAGAGAAAGAAACUGGGAGAAAAAAGGGACUGAGAGCUGCGGAUAUCGCAGAAAGGCUUCGGCGUGAAAAAGAGCAAAAUAAAGAUACAACAAAUAAGGUUCCGGUGUCUCCUGUACAGCGUCAUGUGGCAGAGCUGAAGCAGUUUACUCAGCAGCUCCAAUCUGUCCAUCCAAAUGUUUUCUCAAAAGCACUUUCUAAAAGUAUUCUGUACAAAGACCAAACUCUCAUUGCUAUAAAUAAACCAUAUGGAGUCCCUGUUUACAGUAAUGGAAGCAUCAGGAACAGCAUUGCUGCAAGCCUGCCGGUCCUGGCAAAGAUUAUUGACGGUGCGAAAGCAGGAUCCGGGCUGCACAUCUGUUACAGUCUGGAGAAGGACACUACAGGCAUUUUGUUCCUGGCCAGGACAGAAGAGACUGCUGAACGAAUACACAAUCUCAUCAGAACGCAUCAAGCGGAGAAGAGAUACAUGGUGAUCACUGUUGGUGUCCCAGUUCCUUCUGAAGGUGUGAUUGACAUCCCCAUCAUUGAGAAAGAGGUCAUGGGGGACCAGCAUCACUUCAAGAUGGGACUGAGUCCGCUGUACAGACCGGCUGAAGAGGGAGGUGGGUUAGUCCGAGUGAGAGCUCACCGGCAAGCUCUCAGCGCCGUCACACGCUACAAAGUCCUGGACAGCAGUUCAGGAUGUAGCUUGGUGGAGCUCCAGCCAGUCACAGGAGUGAAACAUCAGCUGCGGGUUCACACGGCCUUGGCUUUGGCUUGCCCCAUCCUAGGAGAUCAUAAGUACGCCCACUGGAACAAGCUGGCUCCACAGAAGUUACCGGAAGGCGUGCUGCGGCGACUCGGACUGGAGCAGAGCAAAACCCGACACCUUCCUCUCCACCUGCAUGUCCGACAGAUCACCCUGCCUGGGGUCAGGGGUCACGGUGACCUCACAGUGUCUUGCCCGCUUCCCAAAUUCUUUACAGCAGCUCUGAGAAAACUGCAAAUCGAGCUGCCAGAGAAGCCUUAAAAGGAGGAGAACCGCUUCAGAUGUGACCGUUAAACUCUUUAACUGGAAACUAAGGCUUACAAGAAGUCUGAAUAGUGGCAUCGAAUAAAUAAAGAGCGAACAGGAUACGUCGACUGGAUGUGGUGUGAAAGUCUCAACCACGCGGAUCAAAUUGCUUAUAAAGCCUGGUCUGUGUGACUCGGGUGAAUAAGAUACCUCAUUUCUAGUUUAUGCAGCAUAAGAAUAUUUAUGAUUGUGUUUGUGUCGGAUUUUUUAACGAAACCCCCAAAUAAAUUGAACUUCACUGCUAUCCAUUAA